CAUUGCUGUCUGGCCAUUGCGUUGUUUUCCUGAGCGAAAAAGGUGCCUUGAAAUGACUUUCUACACCUUACAGUGUACCUGAACACCGAAAAACUUUCGAAGAAACACAAUUACUUUCCGAAAGUUGAAACGCAAUGGAUAAGAAGCAUUUCCAGAAGUAGUAGCAGUAUCCCUGAUACGUACAUGCUAAAGAAAUCUGACAAACUUCGGCGGUUCAGAGGAGGUGAAAAUGAUAUCUACAUAAAGCUAACCUUUGGGCCAAACCAAUCAGGGCAUACAAGGAACAAUGAAGUACCAUUACAUCACUGGCAGAUAAAAGGAGGACAAGAGCCUAGGAAUACAAGAUCAAGUAAUGCAUUACUAUAAGUUACAGAGCUGCUUGUUAUUCUUUGGUUUGGGCUCUUUUUAACUAAUUGCAAGGUUAAAUCCGGAGGAGAACCGACUAUCAAGCCGUAUCAAGCGAUUAUUUAGUGCUCAGACAUGUUAAAGGGAGCAAGAGUAGCACUUUUACAGCUUUUACUAUAUGGCCUUCUAUGUGGAGGUUCUACAGAUCCUGACUGCAGACAGUACAAGACAUGCACAGACUGCAUCGUGGGUAGUCCAGAGUGUAGUUGGUGUGAAGACACCGAUUAUCACUAUUUAGAUCAACCGAGAAGAAGAUGCGACCUCCAUAGAAACCAUCAACAAAAUAAAUGCAAAAAGAUCUCUAAUCCAGGAUCUGGAUCUACAGUUCAUUCGAACAACGAGUCAGAUGGUGACCGCGAUGACAAAGUUUCUCCUCAGAAUAUUACACUACGUCUUAGACCAGGAAUUUCCACGACUAUCACAGUAAAUGUCCACACCCCAAGGAACUUCCCGGUUGAUCUGUAUUACUUGACGGACGUAUCAAGGUCUAUCAAGAAGGAAUCAAUAAAAUCACUUGGACACCUAUUAGCGGACGAGAUUUCAAAUCUAACUUCAAGGUUUCGUCUUGGUCUUGGUGCAUUUGUUGACAAACCCACCGCUCCUUAUAUGGACACAGAUCCUGUGAUGGUUGCUGCUCCUGACCCAAAUAAUGUGAAUUCUACUCCAACGUUUGGUUAUCAUAACGUGUUGCCUUUGAACAAGAAUACAUCUCUUGGCGGAGUCGUUAUUCCUAACGAUGGUCUUUGUCAUUUGGACGGGCAGGAAUAUACCGCUUCAUUGACCAUGGAUUAUCCAUCUCCAGGACUGGUCCGUGAUCUUUUACUUGAGUCGCAAGUGGUUCCAAUUUUCGCUGUGGCAUCCAAAGAAAAACAAGUGUAUGAACAACUGGCAUAUUUUUUAGGAAACGAAACCUACGCCGAGACAGGGGAGCUUUUGGAGGAUUCAUCAAACAUCGUGCGUGUGAUUGGCGAGGCUUAUAAGAAAAUCGCCCGCACUGUGACAAUACGAGACUCCAAUUCUGCAGGGCUCACCCUUCGAUACACUGCACUCUGUCCCAAGGGUGAAAUUUACGAAGACACGAGAACUUGUACAGGUGUUGAAUUGGGAGAUACGGUAUCUUUUAAGGUGACAGUAUCAAUGGCCAACUGCACAGAUGACUUACCCACAAACUUUUCCAUCAAAACUCCUUACGGACAAGUUUCUUUGAAACUAUCUUAUGUCUGCAGUUGUGACUGUGAAGCAGAAGAAAAUCUGGAACCUAAUAGCACAAUUUGCAAUCACAGAGGAUCCUUAAAGUGUGGAAUGUGUUUCUGUCAGGAUGGAUGGGCAGGUGAAUACUGUUCGUGCACAAAGGAAGAGGAGCGAAAAAAUUGCCAAAGUGACGAUAGCGGCGUGUGCAGUGGUCAGGGAUCAUGCAGUUGUGGCAAAUGUUACUGUAAGGACACAAAGGAUCCUACGGGAUUAAUUUAUGGAGAAACCUGCGAGUGCAACAAUCUAAACUGUCCUAAAGAUCCUGAAAAUGAGGAGAUUUGUGGAGGAUCGGAGCGCGGAGUUUGUGACUGCGGCCAAUGUAAAUGUAAAGAAAACUGGAGUGGACCUUCUUGCAGCUGUAGCAAGGACUUGAACGGGUGUACCAAGGAUGGGGUGCUUUGUAACGGUCGAGGGACCUGUAAAUGUGGAACAUGCGUGUGCAAUGAUUCUUUACCCUACAGGGGACCUUUUUGUGAUGAUUGUCUUAGUUGUAUAGGAAACUGUGAAGCUAACAGACCAUGCGUGCAAUGUCAAAUAUUCGGUACAGGGGAACUAGUUGGAGAGGAUUGCAAAACUAAAUGUAAAGACUUUAGAAUCACCGUAGUAGACAAGUUAACAUCCGAGAUGGGCAAACAGUGUCGAUUUCGAGACGAAGAUGACUGUUAUUUUGGGUUUGCCUACACAAUAAGAGCAGAUGGACAGUUGGAGAUUUAUACACAGAGGACUAAAGACUGUCCAUCAGAGAUGCAGGCUCUGUUGGUUAUUUUGGGCGUGAUAGGAGCCGUUCUCGCUGUUGCCUUAGCUCUAUUGCUAAUAUGGAGAGUUUUAGCAACGAUACAGGACCGGAGAGCAUUUGCCAAAUUUGAAAAGGAACAACAGAAUGCAAAAUGUGUCAUGGCUGAAAAUCCAAUCUUUAAGCCAACAACGACGACCUUUAUGAAUCCUAUGUACGGAGUGAAAACAUGAAGUGAGGAAUGGCAGAACAAGUCUUCAGUGGGGACUUCUUGGGGACGCACUUCUCACGAAACCUCAGACGGUGUAACUGGAGGAUGGGUUGGACACAGGAUUGGUCUAAACGGUUGUGACGAAAAAUUCCAAUAAUAGAAUCGCACUAAAGAUUUGAAGACGUCAUUUAAUUACUCUUCACGUCAAAUUUUGAAACUCAGUUCCAGCCAACUCAGGAACAGUCAUGUAACUCUCUCUCUAUGAUCAUCCACUUUUGCAACCACUUUGCAAAUGUCCGACUGGUAUCUGAAUUAAAUACCUUUUCAAAACCUUCUCCUCAAGGACGAGUGCUCGAGUUCCUUCAAUCAGUUUUUCGCUCUUUGUAAGGAUUUUCUCAAGUCAAGUGACCUCCUCUUUCUCUAAGGAACACUUUUUUCUGCUCUGAUGGUGAUCUCUUAGGAAAGAGUUGACUGCAAUACGACACCGAACUUACUGUAUCUAGAGACAUUUGGUUAUCUCCGUAACGCACUUCAGAUGAUGGAUAAUGUCGGGGAGCUGUUUUGGGACUUAAUGCUUAAACGAACUGCACGAACUGCACGAACUACUGCUGGUAUGCCGGUUUGCAACCAACUACCCCCGCCUCAUAUUCAACUGUAAACGUUUCGGUUUCUCAACCAAGUCAAGAAAAGGAAAGAAACAAACGCCUCAAACAGUCCAAUCACAGCUGAACACAACAGCCUAUAAGUGACGCGUACGACCUACGACCUCAUCGCCUGAAGAAGUCUGCCAGUAUGUAGUUAAAACGUCGCGAUCCACAUCCCAAGUUACCACUUUGUGAGACAAGCGAUGACAUUUCUCUUUUAAACAAACACAUGUAACCAUAUACAAUGAAUAUAUGAAGUUCAUAUAUUUUGAACUGCGGUUGUAGGUACGUAUGAUGCGCUCUCUACUGCGAGGAUCGUGCAUCAUACGUACAUGUAACCAUGAUGAUCAUCUAAUCCUACGUUUGCAUGAUAAAGACUGGGUGAUUUUCUAAUUCAAAAUUGGAGCCAAAUUCCGUGUAACUAAAAAAAGUUCGUCAACUUGAUGAUUCAGUGCAUACAAAUACAGUAAAAUCUUGAAGCCCUUGAAGGAGAAGAAUAUUUUUUUUCUUUGAUACUCAUCCUGGUAUGUCUUUUUUGUGUGUGAGAGUAAAGGGAGAAACCAAAUAUAGACGUCGAAAUUCUUACAAUCGUGUA